CAGGCACACUACGCGAGCGAAAGUGUGGGAGUGUGUUUGUUUGUGUGUCUGAGAGAGACCGAUACAGAGACUCCUUGGAUAACCACUGUAUUGUGAAGCCAACAGGGCACUCUCUUGGAACACAGAGUAAGAGCAGCGGGCCAGUUUGCUUAGAGGAGUUGCAAGGAAAAGUCUGAAGAGCGGGAGUGAGUUAAUGGAGGACGAUUAAAAAAAAAGAAAAAAAGAGACUGAGAGAUGCCACGAACCUUCACAAGAGAGCAGGAGGUAAACCGCUGGUAAGCAAAUACUAAUGACCUGACAAGAAGGAGCAUACAACAUCAGGCAGCCCUACCCUGAGGCAGCCCACACACACACACACACACACACACACACACACGAGCCCCGAGUCACUGCUUUCCACUCACUCAUGAUCGCUGCUCCCGCCACACGCAGUCACAAGGGCCACGCUGAGACAACCGGAGGAGAGACGAGGACAAUCGUCCUGUCGCGGGGACUUUGUCCAAGUUGACGUCUUCCUUGGAUUCUUUCCUUUUUUAUUUUUUUAAACCCUGAAGUCAAGAGUACUGCUUUUGUGCUGACCUUUCCAAGCACCUUCCCUCCCAGGAGAAAAGAUGAGUUGCAGGAAAAGGUGCAAGCGGGAGAUCUUCAAGUUCGCACAGUACCUGUUCAGACUUGUCACGGGCACGCUUAACACCGACAGCGUUGAAGAUGAGCUCGAGCUGUCUACGGUUCGCCAUCGCCCCGAGGGACUGGAGCAGCUCGAGGCUCGGACACGGUUCUCCCGCAAGGAGCUUCAGAUCCUUUACCGCGGCUUCAAAAAUGAAUGCCCCAGCGGGAUUGUCAAUGAAGAAACCUUCAAAGACAUCUACGCACAGUUCUUCCCGCAAGGAGAAUCUUCAACGUACGCACAUUUCCUGUUCAAUGCCUUCGACACAGAUCACAAUGGCUCUUUGAGUUUCGAGGAUUUCGUCAUGGGCCUGUCUAUCCUCCUGCGAGGCACGAUCCAGGAAAAACUCAACUGGGCUUUCAACCUGUAUGACAUCAAUAAAGACGGAUACAUUACUAAAGAGGAGAUGCUGGACAUCAUGAAGGCCAUCUACGACAUGAUGGGAAAAUGCACGUACCCAAUCCUCAAAGAAGACACGCCACGUCAGCAUGUAGAGGUGUUCUUUCAGAAGAUGGACAAGAAUAAAGACGGAGUGGUAACCAUUGACGAGUUUAUCGACUGCUGCCAAAACGAUGAAAACAUCAUGCGAUCAAUGCACCUCUUUGAAAACGUCCUCUAACUUUUGCUGCUGACUGUGGAGGCUUUGGAAGAGAAGAUCAUCUUAAGCUUGGCACAGCCUGGACUGGUACCGUGUGCAGUGUGCGACGCAGACUUUUGAUCAUGGAUGUAACAUUGUUCAUUAGGAGUCGGCGAUACGCGGCGAACCCUCUGGAACGAGUUGCUUUUUGAACAUUUCGUUAAAGAAAUAGUUGAACUUUAUCAUGUGAAAAUGAAUAGAAAGGAGAGGCAAAGAAAGUGCGUUCUUCAGUAACAUUUUCAAAAUGAAAAAACUGCUUAACUUAAAGGUUGAUUACCACCAUUCGUCUCUGGAGUGUCUUUUCUAUUGGCUGAACACCGGGUGCUGCAAAGUGCAUUAGCCUCCAAUAUUAUAAACACUCUGGGGAGAUUUGUGAUGAAGGCAUUUAAACAGGAUGCCUCUCACUCUGUUGCAACCCUGACUUGUUUUAUUUACGGCCAAGUAAAAUCACUGUGACUUUAUAUAGCAUUUGAAAUGACUUCGGUCCCCUCUCUGAUCUUACAUCCCCGACUGGCCUCUUUGAUUCCAGAGGGUUCUCGCCGCGACUCACUCAACCGUUGUGGUCCGAUCUGUUGCUCUGUCAAGGAAGCAUUUAGAGGGGGAAAAAAAAACACAUGCGUUGUACUAUUUUCAAUUGUAUAUAUCAUAAAGUAUUACAGAAGAACUCUAUGAGAAACUCUACAACUUUUUUUUCCUGUUUACUUGCCAACUACAUUGAGACAACACAAGGUUGGUCUGCAGAAGCACACCGGUAGCUGUAUUUACCACGAGUAUAACAUUAGAUGAUAUCUUUUGUUGCAAAAUAAUUGCUGCUUUGAGUGCAUUUCCUUUCACCCUGUGUAUGUACAUUCUCUGUAAAGUAUACCAUCUAUGAAUGUUUUAUUGUUGUUUUUGAAACCCUGUUCAGGAGGUUGCACUAAGAGCAGUGUUUGAGGUCAUUUAUAUGGUAUUACGGUCAUUGUACAAAAGAUUGCUGGUUGUACAGUAUUAAAUGAAAGUUUGCUCCGGGGUGAAUUUCAGGUCUUUGGAUUUCUUCAUAUAAGUCAGUUUAAAAAAAAAAAGAUGAUGCAAACACUGUAACUUUGUAUUAUAUUCAUAUUUUUGGGGGUUGUCUACUAUCACUCUCCCCGUUGUUUAUCCCCUGUGUUUAAGUCCUGCCUAUUCACCCCGAUUGGUUCCUGCUGUAUGUAAUUAAAGCUUUUGAAUGUGAUCAAAACACAAGGCAUGCUGGGUACCAGCCUCGCUCACGGGAUUCCUGUUGCUCGUUGGAAUCUACUGGAUCACUGACGUGUCGGGACAUUGUUUAAGUAAGUUCCUGAGUGUUUUAAUCAGACUUCUUUUUCCCAAUGACUUGGAUUUUGGAUACAGGAAGUAUUCAUCAAACCAGCUGGAAAACUGAAAUACACUUGAGAAUGGGUGGUUUUAUGGUGAAUAUUUUGCAGAAAAUCUACAGGUUAUCAUGUUUUUUCAUGCGGUGUUCAUUGAGUAAGGUCGCAAAUUUAAAAAAAUCUCCUCAGCAAGGCAUGCUGGGCAUUCAUUAGUUUAGUCAAUGAUUCGUUUAUCUCCUUUAGGAAUGUUGCGUUUCUUCUUUGGUUUGUUUGUGUGCCUUACUGUAUGUACAGAUGUACCUUUUCUGUAUGAUUAACAACUAUUUUUUCUCAGCAUUUUGAAUAUGAAAACGUUACUGAUAAAAUGGAGGGAAAGAAAUAUUUGCAUCACCCACAUCUUAGCAUAUCUACAACACAUCCCAGUGGAUGUAGAUAUGUUACUGAAAACAUUGACUGAUUUCUACAUUUCUUCUGUACAUACAAACAAAAAUAAAACUAUACACCUCAAACUUUCAAA